AGCGGCAGCAGCAGCAGCUCCGAACGGUCGGGGGGUGUUGUUUUCUGCUCCGGGCAGCGCUUGGGUGUCUGUAUGCUGGCACUCGGUCUCGACCGUGUUUGAGAAAGCUGGUUUGCCUGGGGGGCUGCCCCCCCCAGUGCCCGCUUCGGGGGGCCUGCCUCGCCUCGGAGAGGGUGCAGAUAGAACUCGAACUCGCCCGCCCGGCCGUCCCUUCCGAGGUUCGCCGCUCUGCACCAACCCCCGGGACGGCAGGAAUAUGCUCUUGAAGGAGUACCGGAUAUGCAUGCCUCUGACCGUGGACGAGUACAAGAUAGGACAACUGUACAUGAUCAGCAAACAUAGCCAUGAGCAGAGUGACCGUGGUGAAGGGGUAGAGGUUGUCCAGAAUGAGCCCUUUGAAGAUCCUAACCAUGGCAAUGGGCAGUUCACAGAGAAGCGGGUGUAUCUCAACAGCAAAUUGCCUAGCUGGGCUAGAGCUGUUGUUCCCAAGAUAUUUUAUGUUACAGAGAAGGCUUGGAACUAUUACCCUUACACAAUUACAGAAUACACAUGCUCAUUUUUGCCAAAAUUCUCCAUUCAUAUAGAAACCAAGUAUGAGGACAACAAAGGAAGCAACAACAACAUUUUUGACAAUGAAGCCAAAGAUGUAGAACGAGAAGUUUGUUUUAUUGAUAUUGCCUGUGAUGAAAUCCCUGAGCGCUACUAUAAGGAAUCUGAGGAUCCUAAACAUUUUAAAUCAGAGAAAACAGGGAGAGGACAUUUAAGGGAAGGCUGGAGAGAUAGUCACCAACCGAUCAUGUGUUCCUACAAAUUGGUGACUGUGAAAUUCGAAGUCUGGGGACUUCAGACCAGAGUAGAACAAUUUGUACACAAGGUGGUCCGAGAUAUCCUGCUGAUUGGGCACAGACAGGCUUUUGCUUGGGUUGACGAGUGGUAUGACAUGACAAUGGAUGAAGUCCGAGAGUUUGAAAGAGCAACUCAGGAAGCCACCAACAAGAAAAUUGGAGUUUUCCCACCUUCAAUUUCUAUCUCCAGCAUUUCCCUGCUGCCUUCCGCAAUCCGCACUGCUCCUUCUAGUGCUCCGUCUACACCUCUCUCCACAGACCCUCCAGAAUUCUUAGCAGUUCCCAAAGAUCGACCUCGAAAAAAAUCUGCCCCAGAAACUCUCACUCUUCCAGACCCAGAGAAAAAAUCUACACUGGAUUUACCUGGUGUACAUUCUUCAGACAAGCCAUGUCAGUCCCAAGAGUAACAAUGAAUAAAAUUUCAUGGUUUUUUGGGUGG